CUCGCGGGAAGGGGCGGCCCCGGCGCCGCCCGCCCCGGGGAAGGAGCCGGCGCCGCCCGGGCGGUCUCCAUCACCGGUGCUCCCGGGCCGCCGGGGCCCCGCGCUGCCGCUGCGCUCCGCGGUGCCCGGGCCGGGUCGCCCGGCUGUCCCCCUGCCCGCCGGCAGCGGCAGGGAGGGCGAGGAUGUCCGGCAGCACGGCGAGGAAGGUCCAGCCCUUCACCAUCAGCACCAAGCUCUCGCUGCCUAAGUGUGCCGCUGACUUCCCCGGGGACGCCUGCUCCGGCAUCGCGCUCACCUCCGCUCUGGACAACCACCACGGCCUCCGCCGCAGCCUCAACGAGCGCAUCUCCCUCUACCUGGCCCAAGCCCGGGCCAGCCCCGCUGUCCCCCAGAGCCAACCCCGCAACCCCAGCCCCGGCGAGGAAGGGCGGACCGACGAGGAGCGACUGAACCGCAACUCCCUCACCCGCUCUAUUAAGAAGAUCACACUGUCCAACUGGCACGGGGAGGCUUGCGUGGGGAACGCAGGGGGACCCCGGGACCCUGGCCGGACUGGCAGCGAAAGGAACCACAAUAACAACAACAGCAGGCCAGGGAAAUCUCAGUUCAAGGUUUUCCUCAGGAAGGAUGCGGAUGUGGAGAAUGAACAGCAGGAGACCGGGAGUCCCCGGGCCGGUGGUUUCUGCUCUCCAGUGGACAGAGGUUCUCCCUUCUGUGCGCUGGCAGGACCUUUGUUAUCAUCGCCCUGGAAAGAGAGCCCCAAGGGCAAGGAGCUCACAGCGGCACUGAGAUGCACUGGGCAAAGCAGCGCAAGAGCAUCCCCCCUCCUAGACCCGAGCCCUCUGGUAGCCCAGUUCAACCGGGAGAUGCUGCAGGCGGAGGGCUGGGUGCGCAGCAAGCUGCGGGACCUGAAGGAUGGCUGCGACCUCCAGGACUGGGAGGAGGUGGCUCAGACCCUGCAGCGGGACAUGAAGGAUUUUGAGAACACGCUGAUAAAGCUCAACCAGAUGGGCGAGCAGCUGAUGUGGCGGGCGAGCCCCAGCACCGAGGGAGUGCGGAGGCAGCUGCUGGCCCUGCGAGACCAGUGGCAGCUCCUGAAGCAGACAGCUGCCAGCCAGAGCAAAGCCCUGGGGGGGCUGCGGAGCCUGCAGGACUUCAACAGGAAAGCCGAGCGGCUGGAGGCGUGGAUCAGGCACAAGGAGGAGAAGCCCUCCCUGGCAGCCCUUCUGCAGGAAAGCCCGGACAAGAUCCAGCUCACCCGACGCAUCCUUGACUUGAAGCAGGAGGAGCAGCAGUUCCAGAACCUGCACGAGGAGCUGAACAGCCUGGCCCAGAAGCUGGAGAAACAAGGCAAGAGUGAGAGCAGGAGCAUCUCAGCCCGGCGCAAGCACCUCAACAAAACGUGGCUGCGGCUGCAGGGGACCCUGAAGGAGCACCACGAGGCUCUGCAGCUGGCCCUGGAGGUGGCUGCCUUCCUCCAGCAAGCAGAUACCCUGCUCGGGGCCAUCCAUGCCAAGCAGAGGAGUGUCUGCGGUACGGGGAAUCCAGGGGAGGGUGAGCCAGGUCAGGAUCGGGACGUCAGGGACAUAGCCAGCCAGGUGAUGAUGCUGGAUGUGACUGUGUCCCAGCUCCUCAGCCUGCAGCCCAGCCUGGCAGCCCGAGUGGUCCCAAAGCACCGAGAUGUCAAGGAGAGCUGGGCACAGCUACAGCAGGUGCUGAGGACGGAGAAGCCUCCAGCACUGGUGAGCAGUUCACCGAGGUGUGAAGCUACAGCUCCAAGCACAGAGCCCCGCGCAGAUGAUCACAGUCGUGGGAUCGUGGGGAAGGAAGCAGGAGACAAAUGGACAAGAGGCCCUGGGAGCAUGGUGCUGAAGGAUGUGCCAGAGAAGGUGGCGGAGUAUGGGAGAGGUGAGGAGGGCAGCCCUGUCUCUCCAGUAAUGGGGCAGCCCCCUCAUGGAGGGGACAGCAAAAGGAGGAGGAGAGAGGCUGAGGCUGAGUGGGGGAUGCAGCAGCCAGAGGCCCAGGUGCAGGACAUCUGCCCGGCAGUGAAUGUGCAGAUGGUGUCCCCGCACAAGAAGAACACGGGUCCCAGCAUCCCCCCAUGUUCGGUGGGGGAUGUAGAGAGCCUGGAGGCAGCUCAGACACAGCGGGAGCUCCUGAACUCCAGUUCCAGACCUGGAGCUGUGGUCCUGGAGGGGCAAGCACCAGGGGGGCCCCCAGGGAGCCCACAGGUGGAGGCCAUGCUGCGGGAGCUGGGGGAGCUGUGGGAGGACCUGCAGAGGAAACACCAGGAGAACGGUGCCAUGCUGCGGGAAAUCGAUAAGGCACUGAGGCUGGUGGGGGAGCUGGACCAGGCUGAGCGGUGGCUGCAGUCUGUGGCCGGGUCCCUCUCAGAGCCAGCCACCAUGAGAAGCCCAGCAGAGCUGCGCCAGGACCUGGAGGAGACGGGCCAGUUGGACAGACAGCUUGUGCUCUGUGGCCUCAAGCUCCAGGCACUGCGGGAGGAGGCGGUGGGAGAGCCGCCCACCGAGCAUGAUGGGGCAAGGAAGAUGCAGAGGAAGGUGGAGAUGGUGGAGGAGAAGUUGGCACACGUGCAGGCAGCCCUGCAGCGCCGGGCGGCAGACCUGCGUGACUCCCUAGUGCUGUCUGAGUUCCUCCAGGACCUCCAAGAGGAGGAGGCACGGAGCCGACAGGGACGUACAGCGCCAGGGAGCAGGCAUUGUGGCUCGCAGGGGUCUUUUCCCCUGCUCUCUGCCCAGGCCAGGCAGCCGUCAAGCAACAAGGACAUGAGUCACCCCUUGGGAGACCUGCAGGAGGCUGUGCAGAUGCUGAAUGAUGCAGCAAAGGAGCGGGAGCGGGUCAUGGAAGUGGCAGCGGAGACGGAGAACCUGGGGCGCCUGGUGGCAGAGGUUUCCCCAUGCCUGGAGGCCCUUCGAUGCAGAGCCGAGGCACUGGCUCGCGACACUGCCCAAGCAGAGAGUGGCUUCACUGCGGUGAAGAGCGAGAAGGACCUGCAGGGGCUGCAGGGCUUGCUGAGCCAGCAGCAGGAGAUGGAGCGUGUGGUGUCAGAGACCCUGCAGGGGCAGCUGGAGGAGCUGGAGAGGGCAGCUGCCCACUUGCAAGAGCUCUGCCCUGCUCAACUGUGCCCCAUCAGCCGGGAGGUGCAGGAGACGCUGCGGGCCUGGACACAGCUGCGGGAACUGCUGCAGAAAACCCGGGCUCGGGUGCAGCAGGCAGGCCGUCUGCGGCACUUCUUCAAGGACUACUUAGCCAUGAUCUCCUGGACGGAGGACACGCGGGCUCAGAUCUUCUCUGAAAGCCCCAGCGGCCAUGGCAUCCAGGAGACUCCGUGUGAGGAGCUGGAGAGGAGGAUUGAAGGGAAGCUCAAAGAGUUUGAGGUGCUGGCAGCAUCGGGGCAGCAGCUGGUGUCUGAGGAGCACUACCUGAGCGUGACAAUAAAGGAGCGCUUGGAGGAGCUGCAGAGCAUGCUGGGCUGGGUGCUGGUGCGCUGGCGAGCACAGAGGCACCAACGAGACCCAGGGAGCAAGCAGGAGGACAAAAGGGACCAGGAGAGCCCCUCUGGCACGUCCCUCACUGGCCACGAACAGCAUGUCCCUUGUGCUGAGUCUCAACCAGAGGGCAUGCCCAGCCCAGUGGAGUUCAUACCCUGCUCCCUCCUAGAGCCCAUGCAAAGAUCGAAGCCACGGCUGCCAGAGGGAAUGGCUGUCUCCCCACCGGCACCGCCACUCUCAGAUGUGCCAUCAGGAGUGGAGCAGAGCUGUGGGGAGCGCAGCAGCUCAACACCCCACAGUGCAGGACCCCCCAAGGAGGCUGUCAUCUGGGAUCCCGCCGAGACCUCCACGCUACUGCUGCCACCACGGGGCCCCGGUGGGCUUGGGGGGACAGUCAACCUCAUCCUCAGCAUCGGCAAGAAGGGCGAGAAGAAAAAGGCGCGGCCAGUGGCCAGCAGUGAGCGGCUGGGGGAAGAGGCACUGUGGAUGCUCCCCGCCACUAAACCCUCAAGCUGUAAAACCUUUUGGAAGCGUUGCCAGGGGCUUUUAGGAAACACUUGGGGUAGUUUAAAGCGAAAAAGAAAGCCGCCUCGCCAGCCUGUGGAAGAGGCACAGGUGGAGACUGGGAAAACCUCCAUCUCAAAGCGGCCACCAGCCAUCACCCGCCACCCUCCGGCAUCCAGCGGUGGGACGCCAGCCACCUCUCACACCCUGCCCAAGGCUGGGGCCGGAUCCCUCUUCAACAGCCUGCAGCGGCGGGAGCGGGCAAGGGCUGAGCAGGCCCGGCUGCUGACCCUGCAGGGCAUCAUGGGCUCCAGCUCCCUGCAGCCCGCGCCCGAGGAGUGCCACGGCCCCAGCAACACAUGGCCUCAGAAGUGCGGCCGGAGGAAGGGGGGGCCGGGGGCAGCUGCUCCUGGACCCCAGCUUGGGGAGCUGCUGCUCUACGUCAGGAACCCGCUGGUGCGGGACAUUGAGGCCGAGUGUGCAGCGGCCCCUGGGAACCCCCGCCUCUCCUCCCCAAAACCCACAUGCCCACACGUUUCCCUGGGCUCUGUGCUCAGCCUGGAGCUGCCCAGGGAUGUGGCAGUCCUGGGGUGCCACCGAGGGGUGGUGGCGCAGCGAGAGGAGGCAGAACGGCAGGAGCAGAGGCAGGGUGAGGGAGUGAGGCGGUGGGAUCCUGUGGGCAAGCAUGGGGCUGGAUGGCAGGAGGAGGUGGAUGUGGAUGGGCACAGACCCCAGGGGCCCAAUGAGGGCCUGGGGAUGUCCCCCAAAGGCGAGGGAGGAACGUGGUUCGAGGAGGUGAGCUUCAACCCCAGCUACAGCCAGCACAGGGCACACCGUGCCAGGGAGGGGUGCUGGAGCCCACAGUGCCCUGGCAGCACCAGUGAAGACCUGGACUUGAGGCCAAGCAGGCCAUCCCGUGUCGGUGUGCUUCAUCAGUGUGUCGGCCAGCAGGGUGAUGAGCUGGCUGCCCAGCUGGACCGAGUCGGCAGCCCCAGCACCACCAGCAGGGCCAGGCAUCAUGAAGCCACUCGUCUGGAGCUUGGGCCGUCCCUGGCCAGCACCCCAGGCAAGGCAGGAGCCAUCCUCAGUGCUGCCCGCACACAGCAGCCAGCUGGCAGUGGCCAGCCCCAGGAGUGCCCAGCUUCCCCUGCUGCCCCCACCCAACUCUCUGUCUUCAAGUGGGCACUGGGGUCCCCACAGCCCCCCAGCCCUGUGCUGGGCUCUGGGGAGGUUUGCCACCCAGCCCAUGGGCAGUUUGAGGAAGAGGAGGAAGAGCUGCAGGCCAUCUGGGAUGGGGCAGGCGAGCAGCAGGCACCCAGCCCACCAGCAGGCAGCCGUGCCCGUUGUCGGCGGGAGAGCGGAGCAGACAGCCUACCCAGCCCUGACACCGCUGCUGGUGGGCCUCUCAUCCUCUCAGCAGCCAACAAUGUCCUGGUGGCCAAGUUCACACUUCCCACCGCUGCCCGGCUCCUCCACAGCCCAGGGGGAGAGAAGAGCCCCAACGUGGGGCACAGCAGCAGUGGCAGCCCCAGUGGGCACAGGGGGUCCCCGCGCACAGAAGAGCUGGUGUCCACAGCACCCCUGGACAGCCCAGGUGCCUGGAAUCGGCAGAGGCAUGAGGAAGAGAGAGAGACCAGCAAGGCUGCCCCUGGUAAAAUGGAGUUUCAGAUGAUGGAGGGGACACUGGAAAGGAAGCACGUGUUGCAGACAGGAGGGAGAAAGGCCAACUGCCGGGCCUGGGGCCUCUUCCACGCCGUGCUGAUGAGGCAGACGCUGUGCUUCUACCAGGACCGCAGGGACAGCCUCAAGAGCUCUGUGGUGGCCCUUCCCUUGAACCUCUCUGGGGCGAUCUGCACCCCAGAUGCUGAGUACACCAAGAAGACCAACUGCUUCAGGCUACAGCUGCGGGAUGGCUCUGAGUACCUCCUGAGGGCCCCGUCCCAGCCCCUCAUGAGUGAAUGGGUCUCCAAGCUGCAGCAAAACUCAGGUUUCCCCGAAGUGGAUUACUUCCAGGCAGCAGCACAGUGUGUCAAGGGCAGUGCUGGGGGUUUCAGCAAGGUCCCCAGCCCUGGGAGCUCCCUCCAGGGACAUCAUCAGGUCACAACCCCCAAGAGCCAGGAUAUCAUGGUGCUACCUUGCUCGAAUGCCCAGCUGCAGCGGCCUCUGAGCAGCCAGGAUGGCCCAGCCGAUGGGGCUGUGGCAGCAGCAGAGGAUGCUCGUGGGGCUGGGCACAGGGAGCAGGAGUGGUCAUCCAGGGGAUCUCCUGGGCUGUGGGACAACAGCUGCCAAGAAGAGGACUAUGGGCUGGUGGCCAACAAGAGGAGAUCCUACUCUUUCACCUCAGCCACCUACCAGAAGAUCACCCCAGUGCCCGUGCCCAAGGAGCCAGUGGAGGCCGGGAGCAGCUACUCGGUCACACUGUACAUUGGGGAGCAGGCACCAGCCAUGCCCCGGGCACGCUGCCACUCCUUCGUGGCCCAGCCGGCGAGCCCACGGGACACGCUGGGGGAGAAGACCCCUGGUCCCCCUCGCCCUAAGAACAAAUCUGUCUUCAAGAAGUUCUUUGGGAAGAAGGAGUGAACCUCAGCUGAGGGAGAGAAAAGCCCCAGCCUGCUUUUUAUCCUCCUCUCAGGUGCUGUCCUGGCACAGCCUCUGCUCCCAGCACCAGCUCACUGCUUGCUGCCUCUCUGGGGGAAGAGAGGCUGUGGCAAGUGGCUCCGCUCCAGCCAGCCCUGGGGCUGCCCCAUGCCCCAGCCACCAAAGCCCCGGCCUCAGCCCGGCACUGAGCACCCCUCCUGCCCCCUCUGGGUGCUCUCCCUGGGUGCUGCUGGCUCUGCAGGCAUCUCACUGACACACAGCACAAGCAGGGGUGGGGAGGUGGUUGUUUUUAUUAAAAAACAAACAGAUGCUUA